GUGUGGCUAUAAAGCCACUGCCGAGAGACUGCAGAUGACACAGCGAGCUUCAAUCACUCUGAAGAACACUUUUACACACCCUGCACCAACAGAGACGCAGAGAUAAUGGCCCAGAUUUCUGGCACAGCGCUCACACUCCUGCUAGUUCUGACAGUCAGUCUGUUCUGUCAGAAUGCCACCGCUUUGGCCUGUUGCAGAAAAUACACAAAAGGAGAGAUCCCUUUCACACGUAUCAGAGGAUAUUCCAUCCAGACAGUCAGAACGUUCUGCAACAUCGAUGCUGUCAUCUUCCACACUAGCAUUGGCCGAAAUGUAUGCGCCGAUCCUUCUCAGAACUGGGUGAUGGAGACUAUCCGCAAACUCAAGGACAAAGUGCGGGCUAUGACGAAGAAGCAGGCAAAACAUUAGUGAAGAAAUUGAAGCAAAGCAUCUAAAGAAACUUAACACUUUACCAAGAUGUUAAUAUAUAAUCAUAACAAUAAUAAUAAUAUAUUUGUAACUUAUUCAUAUGUUAUUCUUUAUGAAGAAGCUAUUAUUCUUUAUGCAAUUUGCAUAACCACUCUGCAUAUUUAUGUAUGCUUUUUUACAUGGAAUAUAUUAAAUCUAUUUUACUUUCCUAA